AUGUCGCAAACAGUCGGGAAGACUCGUCUUGCCUAUUCUCGAGCAUGGCACUAUGUCGAUGCUGGCUCCGACCCACGUUCCCUCGGCCGCCUGGCUUCCUCCAUUGCUCUCGUCCUGAUGGGCAAGCACAAGCCGAUCUACGACCCCUCGACAGACUGUGGUGACUACGUGGUGGUGGCGGGCUGCCAUGACCUCCGAACAACCGGAAAGAAGCGCUUCCAGAAGCUGUACUACACCCACACGACCCGUCCCGGUAGCCUGAAGAGCAUGACAAUGGAUCAGAUGUUUGCCAAAUGGGGUGGUGGCGAGGUCUUGCGCCGCGCGGUGAAGGGCAUGCUCCCCAAGAACCGGCUUCAGGAGCCGCGGUUGGCCCGGCUUAAGACUUUCGAAGGUCUCGCUCACCCCUACAAGGAGAACAUCGUCAAGUUUGGCAACCAGUCGGUCCUCAACAACCCCAAGGUGCAAGAAGCCUUCAAGGAAGCCAAGGCCUCUGCAUAA